UUACAAAACACGCACGUUUCAUUCAUCAUCCACCGACUCCCUCCCUUCCUUCCCAAAUCUCAUAACCUUAAAAACACACACACACACACACACAAAUUUUAUUCACCCAAAAAAUGUCUCCUCCUGCCAUCCUCAUCAUCCUCCUCUUAACAAGCCUCACAACAACAACAACCGCCGAGAUCCGGUUCACCGAGAUCCGAUCCGACCCACGUCCCAUCAUCCCAUUCGACGAAUUCGGGUUCACUCACAACGGCCGUUUGGAGCUCAACAUCACCCACCUCUCUUUCUCCCAACAAACCUCACCCGACCCGACCAAACUCGGAUUCUUUUUCUGUACCCGCGACUCAUGGCUUCUAGUCCUCCAACAAAUCGAAGACAACCAAAUCUCAUGUGCCCUCCAAUCCAACAUCAUCAAACAUGUUUCCGACAUCCCAACUGAUUCUGGUACAACUAACUUUAACAAAUAUUAUGUCCUGUCUGACCCCGAUCAAUACACAUUAGUAUUUGCCAACUGUAUUCCCGGAUUACAAGUUACUAUGAAUGUUAGAUCAUCAAUGUAUAACUUAGAUGGUAAUUCCAAUACUCGAGAUUAUUUAUCUGCUGGAAUUACUGUUUUACCCCGGAUUUAUUUUACCUUUUCGUUUAUUUACUUUACUUUAGCCUUUGUUUGGAUAUGGAUAUUAUAUAAGAAGCGUUUGACAGUAUAUAGAAUACAUAUAUUUAUGAUGGUUGUUGUUAUACUGAAAGCGGUUAAUUUAGUUUGUGAAGGGGAAGAUAAAAGUUAUAUAAAACGAACGGGUAGUGCCCACGGUUGGGAUGUUCUGUUUUAUAUAUUUAGUUUCUUGAAAGGGAUUACGUUGUUUACGUUGAUUGUGUUGAUUGGGACGGGAUGGUCGUUUUUGAAACCGUAUUUACAAGAUAAGGAAAAGAAGGUUUUGAUGAUUGUGAUUCCGUUGCAAGUGGUUGCGAAUAUUGCACAGGUGGUUAUUGAUGAGUCUGGCCCGUAUGGGCAAGAUUGGGUGACGUGGAAACAGGUUUUUUUGUUGGUGGAUGUUGUUUGUUGCUGCGCUGUUUUGUUUCCGAUUGUUUGGUCUAUUAAGAAUUUGAGAGAGGCGGCUAGGACGGAUGGGAAAGCUGCGGUGAAUUUGAUGAAGUUGACGUUGUUUAGACAGUAUUAUGUUGUGGUUAUUUGUUAUAUUUACUUUACUAGAGUUGUGGUUUAUGCGUUGGAGACAAUCACUUCUUAUAAGUAUUUGUGGACUAGUAUUGUGGCUGCUGAAUUGGCGACGCUUGCGUUUUAUGUGUUUACUGGGUAUAAUUUUAAGCCUGAGGCGCAUAACCCGUAUUUUGCUGUUGAUGAUGAUGACGAGGAAGCUGCUUCCGAGCAGCUGAAACUUGAGGAUGAAUUUGAACUGUGAUGUGUCUUUUGUUCCAGGUCCGUUUGAGAUGGAUCCAUAUACUCUUGAUUGUUGAAUUUAGUUUAUUUCUAUACUGUUCUUCUUAUGCAUGAUGUAUCUGUGAUAAUGAUACAGUUUUGUAAGUAGUCUUGUUAAAAACAUAUGCAUUGACAUGAUGCAGUGUGUAUUCUUAAUGUUCUUUGUUCAAAUUCAUAAUACAAGUAUUUAAAUUUUGAAGUGCA